UGCAAUCACGAAGUCCAACACUAACUCUUGCCAUCGUGUUUCAUUCCUAACGUUGGCAGCACUGUGACCUUGAUAAUGAGCAGUGCCAUGGCGGCCGUUCCUGGACAGAACGAGACGUGCAUCAUUUUUACUACGCUGAUCCUGGGCAUUCCUUCGCAAAGCGUCGGCGUCCUCGUACUCAGCGACUGGGUCACAGACCGGCUGGCGACUGUGGUGAACGUAUUCGGGGACGCAGUAUGCUGCUGCAUCAUAGACGAACGAUGCAAGAAUCUUCUCCCUGGGGCCAGCGGAAAGGUCACAGUACCCACCGAAGACUCUCGGCAGAAGAUGGCCGACGGCUCGCAUUGA